AUCCGAUCCCGAUCCAUUGUUAGUGUGGCAACACCGUCAAAGUCCAUUUGACAGAUAAGCAGCUAUUUAUCGAAAAAUAUUGUUCCUGGAUUUAUAUCAAUUUUGAUAUUCUAUAUUGUAGUGUUCGUGUUAGUGUCGUCAUCAUCAUAUCGAAGUGAUUCCGUCCUAGUGUGUUAGUGUAGAAGCGCGAUGUCGAGUCGCUGGGGCGCGCGGUGAAAGUGCAGUGCGAGUGUGGACGCGAAGGAGUGUUACUUGUGUCGGGACGGGCGGGAGAACAGCAUCAGCAUGGGCGUGGGUCUGGUGCCGCUGGAGUUCACGGAGUGCCUGGCGGACAGCCCGCACUUCCGCGAGAACCUGCUGCGCCACGAGAAGGAGCUGGAGCGGACCUCGCAGCAGGUCAAGCGCCUCAUCAAGGAGGUCAAGGAUGUGGUCCAUGCCGCCAAGCGACUGGGCGCGGCGCAGCUGGCGUUGGCGGGCAGCAUGGAAAACUUCGAGUUUGCGUGCAUCGGCGCCUCCAUGACCGAGGACGAGCGCGUCAUCUCGCACUCUCUCCACCAUUUCGCCAAGCUCAUGCGGACCAUCGAGGACGAGCGCGAGCGCAUGCUGGGGCGUGCGCACGAGCAGAUCAUCGCGCCGCUGGAGAGGUUCCGGAAGGAGCACAUCGGCGCCGUCAAGGAGGGCAAGAAGAAGUUCGACAAGAAGACUGCAAAGUUCUGCCAGAGCCAAGAACGGACGCUUUCGCUCUCCACCAAGAAACAGGAUAACGUCUUCCAAGAGGCGGACGCAGCGAUGGACAUGGCCGAGCGCGACUUCUGCCAAGCCUCGCUGGAGUACGUGUUCCAGCUGCAAGCCGUCCGCGAGCGAGAGAAGUUCGAGCUGGUGGAGACGCUCCUAGGGUUCGUGUUCUCCUGGUGGACCUUCCACCACACGGCUCACGACGUGCACCACGACGCCGAGCCGCUAGUGCGCGACCUGCAGCUACGGAUACAGCGGUUCGAGCUGGUGGAGACGCUCAUCGGGUUCGUGUUCUCCUGGUGGACCUUCCACCACACGGCUCACGACGUGCACCACGACGCCGAGCCGCUAGUGCGCGACCUGCAGCUGCGGAUACAGCGGACGCGGACCAACUUCGAGGAGACGAGCAAGCAGACCGAGUCGCUCAUGAAGAAGAUGAUGGAGGUGCGCCAAAUGAACAAAGAAGUGGAAGCGGAGGAGACGGGCGAGGGCGUGGACGCCGCGGGCGGGGUGUCGCGCGCCGGGUACCUCUACCUCAUGGAGAAGAAGGCUUUUGGCACGGCGUGGAGCAAGCACUACUGCACGUACGAGAAAAAUUCGCGCACGUUACGAUUGCUUCCCUACUCGCAAAUCAACCCUAAAACUACGGCGCCCGCAGAAAGCGUAUGUGUCUGCGGCGCGCGGCGCGUCACGGACACGGAGCGGCGGUUCUGCUGGGACGCAUUACCAGCCGACCGGGAACGGACGCCACUGACGUUGCAAGCUUUAUCCGAGCGAGAUAGGAAUGCUUGGUUACGGGCGCUCAGUCCACAGAACGGCGCGGCGGAGCUGGCGGGCGGCGCGGCGCCGGGCUUGGGCGCGGGCGAGGCGGGCGCGCAGGCGCAGCUGGACGACGCCGGCUUCGCCUUCGUGCGCCGCCUCGUGGCCGUGCUCGAGGAGCGCGGCCUCGAGGACCAGGGCCUGUACCGAGUGGCAGGGGUGGCGUCGAAGGUAUCUCGGCUGGUGUCGUGCGCGGCCAGCGGGCGGCCGCCCUCGUCGCUGGCGGACCCGCUGGAGUGGGAGAGCAAGACGCUGACGUCGGCGCUCAAGAGCUACCUGCGCGCGCUGCCGGAGCCGCUCGCCACGCACGCGCUGCACGCGCGCUUCCUCGCCGCCGCCAAGCUCGAGUCGCGCCCCGAGCGGGUCGCCGCCGUCGCCGCGCUCGUCGCGCAGCUGCCCGCCAGGAACAGGGACAUGCUGCGGCUGGUCGUCGACCACUUGAGACGAGUAGCGGCGCGCUCGGACCGCAACCUGAUGACGGCGUCCAACCUGGCCGUGUGCUUCGGGCCCACGCUGCUGCGCGCGCCGCGCGAGUCCGUGGCCGCCAUCCUGGACCUCAAGUUCUACAACGUGCUGGUGGAGACCCUGCUCGACCACGCCGACCAGAUCUUCGCGCACUCCCCGCAGGGACCUAACGUACAGCAGCCGACGCCGGCGCAGAAUGGCCUCAGGGCUUCUCCCGCGCCACUGUCCUCUGCCCUCCUGCGCGCCGCUGACUGUGCGCCACGAGAUCUAGCAGCAGCUCGGCGGAGUCGGUGUCGAGCAGCAGCGCCUCCCCCCCUCCCCCCGGCGCGCCGCUGCCGCCCCCCCACCUCGCCGCCGCCGCGCCGCUGCACGCGCGACUCUACACGCACCCUUACAGACGCGUGCGCACCCUGUACGCGUGCCUGGGCGAGAGCGAGGGCGAGCUGUCGUUCGAGCCCAACCAGAUCAUCACGAACGUGACGGCCAGCGCCGAGCCGGGCUGGCUGCGCGGCACGCUCAACGGCAAGAGCGGCCUCGUCCCGGAGAACUACGUCGAGCCGCUGCCCUGAGCGGCGCCGGCCCACCGCCGCCGAACAUUGCCGAAACCACGUCGCCGGCGACACCGAACCUUGCCGAUCGACCGAACCUCUAGCGUCGCAGGUUCCCCGACGCCACGCUGGAAGUUGUAGACGUCGCUAUUGCCGCGCCGCGCCCGGGCGCCAUACGUACCAUAUCCUCGUACCUACUAUGUUAAGUUGUUGAUUCUUUUGUACGUCUGUAUAUUUUGUAUAUUGUAAAUAAGCGUUUGUUGAUAUUUUAACUAUUUAUAUUAUGUUGUGGAUAUUUUUACCAAAUAUACUAUAUUGUACGAUGUCCGUUUGUGGAUGUAUUAUACAGAUUAAUAUAUA